CAGUUAGUCGCUAGAAGGCGCUUUACACGCGUUUAAUGCGUUUUCGCGCAUCUCCGUUAUACAUUUUUUGUAACAAGAGCAUUAGACAACGAAUCGCAUCAAUCGUUCGCUUGUAUUCCGCUAACAACUAUUUUCUCUCGUUUCAGAUAGAAAGAAAAUAUUGUAUAAACGCAAGUCUUUCGGUGUUUCUAUGAUUACUACCCUGUCGUCGUCAUCAUUGUCGUUAUCGUUUCUCAAAAUUUUCAUCGAGAGAUCAAACAUAACGGUUAAUCGUGAUCGUCGAUCGUCGUUGUUUAUCAAUCGAACUUUGACGGGAAUUUAUUGACAAAUUAAUAAACGCAUCGGAGAGUUGUUCGACGAAACCUACGGGCCGUGUGCAAUUUAUAUAUACACAAACAUAUAUAUAUAUAUAUACGAAGCGAAAUUUCAUAUUCGAAAAAGGAUUAAGGAUAAUUAUUAUUCUUUUGUUUGAAUAUCUCGCAAGUGUUUUCUUGUCGUCGCGUGUGUCAUCGUCACUGAGAUACGAAUAACACAAAAAGCGCGCGACGAGCAGGUUCGAAAUUCGCACGCGCGCCUCAACGCGUUCCAGUCUUCGUCGUCAUUCUCCUCCUUCUCCUCCUCCUCCACCUCCUCCUUCUAUCUUCUCCUCAUUCUCCUCCCACCGUCGUCGUCGUCGUGGUCGUCGUCGUCUCGCGCGCGCAAGUGCGUACAACGUUGCCGGAUCAAAUUUCUUGCGGGCCUUGUGACGGGGAGUAUUCUAACGUGAGAAGAAAAAUGUUACGAGGAAAGUGUGAGAGAGAGAAAGAAAAAUAGAAAUAAUACGGAGAGUGAGAGAGAGAAAGUGAGAUUGUUAUAGGAAUAUCAACAUUUUCGCAAAAGGAAGGGAAAGAAGGAGAAAAUAUAAUAAAAAAAGAGAAAAGCCGAAGGCUUCGUCCUCGUUCGUGAACGUUCGAAGUUUGUUUUCAGCCUUCCGUCUUUUGCGCUUGCAGUGUUGUCAGAUUGUCGAACAGCGUUCGAACGUUGCGCCGUGUCCCGCCGCGUACUGCCUCCCCCUCUGCUUCUCUCUUAGACUCUUGGAGCAUUUUCGUUUGGAGAAACUCAUGUGCUGGGAAAAACAGGAUCGUGGAGAAUAAUCCGAUUGGAAUAUAAUCGUUCGAAGUGAAAGGUAUCGGAGUCGUAUUACUGCAUGCAUAACAUCGUGUGUUCUCAGUUAACUUCUCGCUGAUCUCUGAUCUCAAGAGAGAGAGAAAGAGAGAAAGAAAGAGAAAGAGUUAGUUAAAGAACAGCAGCGCAGAGUGGUAGUAAGAGGAACGUGCGGCCAUUAUUCGAAAUUCGGUGGAUCGCGCAGCGUUGCCGGGUUGUUGUUCGGCGCGAGUAUUUCAACGCUUCGAGACACGACGAUUCUGAGAAGGAUAAUCAUCUCUGUUGGGCGGUGGUGCGAGUGGGAAAGAAAGAGUUGAACGGUAACGAGUGAACGAAGAAGAAAAGACGACUUUUAUGCCGGGCAAAAGAAAUUUUCAUUACGUCGACAUUACGACGCGGAUUGUUCGAACGUCGUGUCGGCGGGCGGCGGAGGGACAGUGAAUUAUUUUAAGUGAACGCUUGAAAAAAAAGUAUUGUAAUAUAUUGGACAAAAAAAAGUAAGGAAAAAGAAAGAGAGAGAGAGCGACGUUGGCGCGCUCUAGAAGGAGUAACAACGAAAAAUAUGAGCGCAAGAGUGUUGAAUCCGGCGAUGAUGACGGAAAUGAGUCGGAACUUAGGGGGAGGGCGAACGGUGCCGAGCACAGCAGCUCUCGCGCGCGUUAGAAGGGAUCUGUUUGGUCCUGUUGACCAUGCCGCUGCUCGUGCCUUGGCCGAACGCGAGUUACGCGCUCAAUCCUUGCUGGACACCGAAAGAUGGGGAUUCGACUUUCACUUGGAAAUGCCCAAAUCUAAUUCCAGAUACGAGUGGGAGGUUGUUACGUCGAAGGAUAUCAUACCGGAGCCUUAUGCGCUUCGCAGUAUGCCAUACUUGAGGAAACACGCACCUUCGACGCCAAGAAAAUACGAAGAUAAUAAUGUUGUUGUACAACAGCAGCAAACUACGACUCUUCUUCCUACGCCUCCCCAACGAACGUUGAAUGGAACGACCAAUGUGAAAGCGGUGGCAACAGGAACAACACCAGCAGCCACCACUGCUACUGCAGUCGUUGUCGUUGCAGCUUCGACUACGACGAUAGCAACAGCACCUAUUAUUACCAAUGGAAAGUCGAAGAAAACUACGAUUACUCAGCGAGCAGAAGAAGAUGUUGAAACUACCGAAGAAGUUGUCGAUGAAAAUACCAAGUCCGAAAGGACACCACCCCAACGAGAACGAUCUAGAGUACCGGAAAUUGGCGAAAGUACGCCGAACGAGACCUCCUCCGAUGAUCAUACCACUUAUGAGAGUGCCAGGAAAAAGAAAUAUUCCACUAUUGAACCUUCCACGCCUGUCUUGCCGAUGAGCACGAGAAAAAUCACCACCAUCACGCACUACAUGAAGAGCCGUAAACGUCGCUUAAACGGUGGCACGAAGAGUGUAAUAGAACCACCGGAAAAGGUUGCACGUAAUGCAGGACAAAUACGCAGCUAAAGAGCCUUCGGCAUUCUCCUUCAGCCUCGGCCUGAAAUUUUUCUUCUUCUCUGUUUCUUCGAUGGCCCAAAAUUCGCGUUGUCUAUGGUUACAAAAUCAUAUCUCAAAUUAAUAAUCCAUCCUACAAAAUUUUAGGAAAUGAAUUUAACAUUUGUAAAAAGAAAAAGAAACCAAAACAAAAACAAAAAAGAAAGAAGCAGAAUCAAAUUAGAGGGAAAUAAUAGAAAGUAAAUAAGAAGAUUAAUAAUUAAAUAUGGAAGAAGACAGCGAAGAGAGAUAAGGAUAUAAAGUAACGACGAAUAUGAAGGAAAGGACAUGAACAAAAAAAAUAAGCGUGAAGAAGAGAAAUUAGGCGAGGUCCUUAGGCUGUGCCAUUCAACUAGAUUUUAUCGAAGCGCCACGAAUCCACGUGUCAGCUAUAAAACGAGACAAAAAGAGACAGAGAUAAACGAAAAUAAAAAAAAACCAAUAAUACAUGCGAACAGCGAAAA